UUAUUUGAACUUGAAAAACUCCGAUUUCGGUGGCGUCUAUAUCGGUGAUUCCGUUUACCACACCCGAAAGGAAAAGGGAAAUCGAAAGACGAAACCUCGGAUUUAGACCGAGCCAGUUGCAUUUUGCACCACAUAGCGUAAAGAUAUAGUGUUGGCGGGGGAGGUUGGUGGACCCAGUCAUGACUGCUGAUGGGAAUAGUCAGUUGAUCUCUGUCCAACCCAAUGGCCUCAAGUUCGCUUUUGAGCUUGAAAAGCCAAGCUUUUGUGAUCUUAAAGUGGUGAACAACACAGAUCACCAUGUGGCGUUUAAGGUUAAAACAACUUCACCUAAGAAGUACUUUGUACGACCAAAUACCGGUGUUGUACAGCCUCUGGAUUCAUCUGUCAUUAGAGUCACUCUCCAAGCUCAACGGGAAUAUCCUCCAGAUAUGCAAUGCAAAGACAAAUUUCUGUUACAGAGUACUGUAGUGCCUCCAAAUACUGAUGUGGAUGACCUCCCGGCGGAUACUUUUAAUAAGGAAAGCACUAGGGAGAUACAGGAGUGCAAGCUUAAAGUUUUUUAUGUAAAUCCUUCCUCUCGAGGAAAUUCAGAAGAUGAAGGAUUCAAGAGCUACCCAGAACAAAGCGCUGAUUCGAACUCUACUGUGCGGCACCUGAAGGAUGAAAGAGAUACAGCUGUUCGGCAAACACUGCAGCUGCAACAAGAACUGGAUUUUCUGAAGAGACGACGACAACGUAGGAAUGACUCCGGCUUCUCCUUAAUGUUUGCGUUUGUUGUGGGACUGAUAGGGAUACUGGUUGGGUUUCUGUUGAAUCUGUCAUUGUCAUCAUCACCAUUACCACCUCCACCACCAUCAUCGCCAUUUGUUGAUUCAUCUACUACACCAUUACCACCACCACCACCACCAUCUGUAGGUUCACCUACAGAUGAAAUAUAGAUGCCCCUUUACAAAGUAUGGUAACCAGUAAUUUUGUCUACUUCGUUGUAUAAUGCUGAAUGUUACUGUUCGAUGGAGAGUGCAAAUUUCCUUU